AUGAGGACAGAGGACACGAUCAUCGAUGACAAGCUGGAUCGCAUUGACACUGCCGAGUUGUCUCUUAUUCACUCGUCUGGACCGUGGCGAGGUGACUACGACUAUGAUGGCUGGUAUUAUCCAAUUCUGCAAUACAGCAAAAAGAAGCUCACUUACGAGACUGAUCGGUUGCCCGCUGUGUCGUCGUAUGCGAAGCUCAUCGCCAGCAAGAGCGGGGACACAUAUCUGGCCGGUCUGUGGGAAAACAAUCUCCAUCGGGGCCUGCUAUGGAAGCUACAGAGAAGAGAUCGUGUGACGUUUGAUGAGUUGAUACCGAGACUAGCAAGUCCAUCCAAGUAUAUCGCGCCGUCUUGGUCCUGGGCGAGUCGCCGUGGAGCUCUGGACCUGGACAACACUGACGAUAUGAAGCUCGAGUGCGGCAUUCUCGAGGCGAAGACAAAAGCCCACGGAGGAGACGCAUAUGGCCGUGUCCGUGGCGGCCAUCUUCUGGUCCGUGGAAGGGUCUGCAGCGUUCCUGGGGGGAGGCUCCAAAAGCUGCCUCUCGGAACGCCUUACAUGGACAUGCAAUGCGAGUGGCUGGCUCUGGAAGACGAGCAGUAUGUCGCACAAUGCGCGCUCGAUUGGAGAUUGACAAACGACCGGGGCACGCAACUGUCCGAGGCCAGCGGACGUUCCAUUGAGGCGAUUGUGAUGCUCCUCGUAUCAAGUGGGCAUUCGACAACUCCCAGCGUCAUCUCUAGGAACCCUCAGGAGUGGGAGGACAAGGAUGGUGUUCCGUCGCUUGAGGUGAUGCACGGGCUGCUGCUGUAUCCAACUGGAAAGGCGGACGGGUGGGAGAGGUUACUUUGA